AGGCCUGUUGGUCUCCGAGUUUACCAGUCGCUGGCUCCUCCUCCCAGGUGAGACCUGAUAGGGGUGCACGCCUCCCCCCUGUCCUGGGGAGGACAGAGGGCUCCCGGGAUCCCGCCUGCCUGAGGGGCUGGUCAGUGGCCUCUCCCCUCUGCCAAGCCCCACCUCAGCCCAGCCGACCCAGACAGACUCGGCAGCAGCCACCAGGCUCGGAGCUGCCAUGGACCCUGAAGGUCUGGCACUCCAGCUGCCCCCGGCUACCUUGGACACUCUGGUGGACAACUGGCUCCAUGAGGACUGCCCAGGCCUCAACCCCGCCGCCCUGAUCACCGGGGCAGCCCCUGUGUGUGCGAUGCUAUGGGCCAAGUCUCCCGGGGUCCUGGCUGGACGGCCUUUCUUUGACGCGGUCUUUGCCCACGUCAACUGUCAGGUGUCCUGGUUCCAUCCCGAGGGGGUCCCGCUCGUGCCCGUGGAGCGGGUGGCGAAGGUGUGGGGCCCUGCACAUGGCCUUCUGCUGGGGGAGCGUGUAGCCCUGAAUGCUCUGGCACGCUGCAGCGGAGUGGCCAGCAUGGCGGCGGCAGCGGUGCGUGCAGCGAGGGACACGGGCUGGGCCGGGCAGGUGGCAGGCACCAGAAAGACAACGCCCGGUUUCCGGCUGGUGGAGAAGUACGGGCUGCUCGUGGGUGGCGCUGCCACGCAUCGCUAUGACCUGGGUGCGCUGGUGAUGGUGAAGGACAAUCACGUAGUGGCGGCGGGGAGUGUGGAGAAGGCGGUGUGUGGGGCCCGGAGGGCAGCAGCCUUCGCCCUGAAGGUGGAGGUCGAGUGCAGUAGCCUGCAAGAGGCGCUUCUCGCAGCCAAGGCUGGUGCCGACAUCCUCAUGCUCGACAACUUCCAGCCUCAGGAGCUGCACCCAACAGCUGCAGCGCUGAAGGCCCAGUUCCCAAGUGUGAGCGUGGAGGCCAGUGGGGGCAUUACCCUGGACAACCUGCCUCAGUUCUGUGGGCCCCACAUCGACAUCAUCUCUCUGGGGCUGCUCACCCAGGCUGCCCCCGCCCUGGAUUUCUCUCUUAAACUGUUUGAUGAGGGCACCACGCCAGUGCCCUAUGCCCGCAGGGCCUGAAGCUCAAGAGACUGAUAGGACUAGGGAAUCCAUUUGCUGGAGACCCUCAGGGCCACUUGUCUUCAAGAAGAAACUCUCAGGUCUAGCUAAAGCCAAAAUCCAGCUCUGCCACUUCCUGGCUUUGAAGGUCUCCAUCCAGCUCUGCAAACACGCACAUGAGCUUUUGUUCAUGGCACCUGCCCAGAGUCUGGAACUUGCUGGGUGGCUCUGGGGGGUACCAGGACAAAAAUGUACCCAGGAUGGUCCCUGAGGAGCCUCUUCUCCCAGGGGUUACACUCUCAGAAGGUUCCAU